ACCAAAACUACCCAUGUCUAUGUAUACCCACAGUCAUAAUUAAUUUCCCCAGAAAUAGAGGGCAAGUGCAAAAUGCACCUCACGCGACCCCUCUACCAACCCCAGCUCUGGCAAAAAGCCCUCCCAACCCUCAAAUCCGCACAUCUCAAAAGCAUCGCCCAAGCAACGGGGAUCAAAUUCGCAGGACCCAAAGCCACCGUUCUAGAACGGAUACAGGGAGAACUAUCAAGACAUGAAGCGGGGAAGAAGCAGCAAAGUGAAAAUGACGGAGAUAAGGGACUGAGCGUGCUGAGCAUCGACAUGGGGAUUCGGAAUUUAGCCUUUGCGCAUCUAACAGUUCCCCCAUCAUCAUCAUCUUCUUCAACUUCAACACCAGCGAAGAGACCAGGGGUCACGCUGAACGCAUGGCACCGUAUAGACAUCAGCACCAACCAACUCUCCACAUCCACAUCCCCAGAGCCCAUAAACUCAUCGCUCCCGAAACUGGAAAGAAAAAAAGAAGAGAAAGAACGACAAAAAGAAGCCCAUACCAUGAACGAAAUCUACACACCAGACUUCUACGCCCAAAAUGCCUACGCAUUCCUCACCACGCUCUUGGAAAAGUACCAGCCCACGCACAUCCUCAUCGAGCGCCAGCGGUUUCGCUCCGCGAGCGGUGCGGCGGUGCAGGAGUGGUCGUUGCGCGUGGGUGUGUUUGAGGGCGUGCUUUAUGCUGUUUUGUAUACGUUGGCUAGACAGCGGCGGCUGGGUCUUCCUUCUUACAAGCCGGCGCCUCUUAGUGGGUUCUUUGGGUCUGGGAAUUUCGUUGAUUUCGGGCCUGGGCCUGUUGUUAACGGGAUAGAGCCUUCACGGGUGCUGCGCUACUGGGGUGAACGCAUGGGAUUCAAGAGCUUCUUCCUCGAGGGGAAGGAGAAGAAGACUGCCAAGGAUGGUAAAAAGGUUAAGAUUGAUCUUGCAGGGCACUGGCUCGAUCCUGAGCAUCCGAUAACCGACGAAGUUGACGAGGACGGGGAUUUGUCGACGGAUCUUAUUGUCGGGGAGGAUGUCGGGUUGAAUGAGACUUUACAUGCUUAUUUAGCAAAGUGGCAUAGGAAGCGUGGGAAGGAGAAAAGAAAGGAUAUUGGAAAGUUGGAUGAUUUGGCGGAUUGUCUUGUGCAGGGGAUGACUUGGUUAGAGUGGCAGGUUAUGAGGGAUAGGAUCUUGAGGGAGGGGGUUGAUUUUCUCUUAGCAGAUGGAAAUUGAGAACUGUCUCUCUGGAUUAAUGUCCAUUAUUGUAAUCACGGAAGAUCAAGAUAAGGGCAGUCUUUGGGGUUAGCAUAAUAAAAGCCUCCCAACCUCUUAAUCACUUCGCAUCGUUCCUCCAUGCUAAAAACAUUGUGGAUAAUUGCCCCGCCUAUUUCUC